AUGUCGGCGACAACACCCCCGCGGCCUUCGCGACGCGCCGCGACGAGGCGCAAGGCCAUUGUCGACUCUGACGACGAGGACGACCUCGCCAACACCACCAAGAUUCCGGUCGACGACGAAGAAGACUUUACUCCAGAGCCCACCAGGAGUCCUCGGCGGCAGACGAGGAGUCGGCGCUCGAUCGCUCCCGCAGCUGCUCCCGCCCCAGCGCCGAGGGCUCGCGGACGGCCAAAGAAGACACCAACGCCGGCCCCUGCCCCCGCGGCCGCCACAGAACCCAGUGAGAUUUUCGACGCGGAUCAGACGCAGCAGCUCGAGCAGGGCGAUCCGCCAAAGAGGGCCUCUGCGCGAAAGCGCCAGAGCACGGCGUCUCGGGCGUCCAUCGCGACGACCCUGGACAUGCCGCCGCCGCCGACUCCCAAGGCCCCCGCGUCGCCCGACGCCACGCAGCUGCACGGCUCGCCCCUGGCGGACAUUACCGCCUCCAGUGUGAAUACCCAGAACACCGAAGCCGACGACACCAUCAAGCCGAUCAAGCCGUUUGACACCAUCAUGGACAAGCCGCUGGACAUUGUGCUCAAGCAGAGGACAAUCACCAUCCCGAUGGUGGAGGAGACGACGACGCCCAAGUCCCGAAUCGUGCUCACCUACCUCAUCCUCAACAACUUCAAGAGUUACGCAGGCCGCCAAGAAGUCGGCCCGUUUCAUGCUUCGUUCUCGUCGGUCGUUGGCCCCAACGGCUCUGGCAAGUCCAAUGUCAUCGACUCGCUGCUGUUUGUGUUUGGUUUCCGAGCAAGCAAGAUGCGGCAGGGCAAGAUUUCUGCGCUCAUUCACAACUCGGCCCAGCACCCGAACCUAGAGUUUUGCGAGGUCGAGGUUCACUUUCAGGAAGUGAUUGAUCUGCCCGGCGGUGGCCACGAGGUCGUCCCCGACUCGGCGCUCGUCAUCUCCCGCAAGGCGUUCCGCAACAACUCGAGCAAGUACUACAUCAACGCCAAGGAGUCCAACUUUACCACGGUCACGACCCUCCUGCGCGAACGCGGCGUCGACUUGGACCACAAGAGAUUCCUGAUUCUGCAAGGCGAGGUCGAGUCGAUUGCUCAGAUGAAGGCCAAGGCCGGCAACGAGCACGAAGACGGCCUGCUGGAGUAUCUCGAGGACAUCAUUGGCACCUCCAAGUACAAGACUCCCAUUGAGGAGGCCGCUGCCGAAGUCGAAACACUCAACGACGUCUGCGUCGAAAAGAGCGGCCGCGUCCAGCACGUCGAAAAGGAAAAGCACAGCCUCGAAGACAAAAAGGACAAGGCGCUGGCCUACGUCCGAGACGAAAACGAACUGGCCAUGAAGCAGUCCGCCCUCUACCAGCUCUUCAUCCACGAGUGCAACGGCAACGUCGCGGUGACGGAAGAGGCCAUCAACCAGAUGCAGGCGCAGCUGGACGAGGAGCUCGAGAAGCACCACGGCAGCGAGCAAAUCAUCAAGGAUCUCGAGCGGCAGUACUCCAAGGGCAGCAAGGAAUUCGAGUCGCAGGAGAAGCAGACGCAGGCGCUCGUCAAGGAGAUGGCCAAGUUUGAGCAGGAGCGCGUCAAGUUUGACGAGAAGCGCAAGUUCUUGGACGACAAGCGCAAGAAGCUCGAAAAGACGAUUGGCAACGCGGAAAGCUCGACGACCGAGGCCGACGAGACUGUCGAAGAGUGCACUCGCGACAUUGAGACGCGGGUCCAGCAGGUGGCCGAACUCGAGGAGCAGGUCAAGGAGGAAGAGGCGGAGCUCACCAAGAUCCGCGAAGGCCUCAAGGGGAAGACGCAGGCGUUUUCCGACCAAAUCUCCGCCAAGCAAAAGUCCCUCGAGCCCUGGAUGGAAAAGAUUAACCAGAAGCAGUCCGCCAUUGCCGUCGCCGAGAGCGAGAUGAACAUUCUCCAAGAAAAGGCGAACGCGGGCGCCGUCGCUCUCGAGGAGCUCCAGGGCAAGGUCGCGUCCAUCGAACAAGGCAAGGCCGCCAAGACAAAGGAGCUCAAGGCCUGCGAGGCCGAGAAGCAGGCGCUCGUCGAGGAGGCCGGCAAGAUGGACGAGGAGCUGGCCGUGCUGGCCGGGCAAGAACCCAAGUUCCGAUCGAAAAUCUCCAACGCCAGACAAAAGGCCGACGAGGCCCGCUCGAGUCUGGCUAACACCCAGACACGCGGCAACGUCUUGACCGCCCUCAUGCGCAUGCGAGAAUCCGGCCGCAUCGACGGCUUCCACGGGCGGCUGGGCAACCUCGGCACCAUCGACCAAAAGUACGACGUGGCUGUGUCGACGGCAUGCGCCGCCCUGGACAACUUUGUCACCGAGACGGUGGACGCAGGCCAGCAGUGCAUCGAGUACCUCCGGAAGAACAACCUCGGCCGCGGCAACUUUAUCUGCCUGGACAAGCUGAGGUCCCGCGACCUGGCGCCGAUUCAGACCCCGGAGAAUGCCCCUCGACUCUUUGACCUGGUCAAGGCCAAAGAGGACAAGUUCCGGCCGGCCUUUUACCACGCCAUGCAGGACACGCUGGUCGCCGCCGACCUCGCGCAGGCGAACCGCAUUGCCUACGGCGCGAAGCGAUGGCGCGUCGUGACCCUCGACGGCGAGCUCAUCGACAAGUCUGGCACCAUGUCCGGUGGCGGCACGACGGUCAAGAAGGGCCUCAUGUCGGCCAAGCUCGUCGCCGACACCACCAAGGAGCACGUGGCCAAGCUCGAGGAAGACCGCGACGCGUGGGAGACCAAGUUUCAAGAGUUUCAAGAGUACCAGCGCGAGUGCGAGGGCAAGCUCAAGGAGCUCAACGUCAAGAUCCCGCAGCUCGACACCAAGAUGCAAAAGAUUGGCCUCGAGAUUGAGAGCGCCACUCGAAACCUGGCCGACGUCCAGCGGCGCAUCAAGGAGGUCAGCAAGGAGCACCAGCCCUCGGCGUCAGACAACAACCGCAUCUCCGCGCUGCAAAAGGAGAUUGCCAAGCUCAACGCCCAGAUCGAGGACAUUCACGGCGAGACCGCCAGCGUCGAGGAGGAGAUCAAGGUGCUGCAGGACAAGAUCAUGGAGGCCGGCGGCGAGAAGCUGAGGGCGCAGCGGGCCAAGGUGGACGGGCUGAAGGAGGAAAUCGCAUCGCACAACGAAGAAAUGUCAAGCGCAGAAGUGCGGCGGGUCAAGGCGGAGAAGCAAAAGGUCAAGCUCGUCAAGGACCUGGCCAAGGCCACCAAGGAGCGCGACGCGGCCGUCCGCGACCUCGAGAAGCUCGAGGACGACAUCAACAACCAGGGCGAAAAGGCCGAGGAGCUUCAAGCGCGCGUGCAAGAAGCCGAGGAGGGCCUUGCCGCCAAGAAGAAGGAGCUCGCGGCCUUUAAGAAGGAACUGGACGAGAAGGCGUCGGAGCUGAACGAGAGCCGCGCCGUCGAAAUCGAGAUGCGCAACAAGCUGGAGGAGAACCAAAAGGCGCUCGCCGAAAACAUGAAGCGCCUCCGGUACUGGGACGAGAAGCUGUCAAAGCUCGUCCUGCAGAACAUUGAGGAUCUCAUCGGCGAGCCCGCCCCGAAGCCGGCCAAGGCCCAGAAGGAGUCCGCGUCCGAGGAGAGCGACGAUGCGGAAAUGGCCGAUGGCUCCAACUCUGGCGACGCAGAUGGCCAGGCGGAACCCGAAGACGCAGAAAUGGCCGACGCCCCAUCAGACCCGGACGGCUCGCAAGAAGGGACGGAAGAAGAGGACGGCGACUCGGGCGACGAGCUGCGGGAAUUCCCCAGGUACACGCCAGACGAGCUCGCCGACAUGAGCAAGGAGACGCUCAAGGGCGAGAUUGCCGCGCUCGAGGAAAAGACGCAAAACGUGAGCGUCGACCUGGGCGUGCUGGCCGAGUACCGACGCAGAGUCGAGGAGCACGCGGCCCGGUCCUUGGACCUCCAGUCUGCCAUCGGACAGCGCGACGCGGCCAAGAAGAGGUGCGACGACCUGCGCCGCCUGCGGCUCGAGGGCUUCAUGGAGGGCUUCAGCGCCAUCUCGCUGCGGCUCAAGGAGAUGUAUCAGAUGAUUACCAUGGGCGGCAACGCCGAGCUCGAGCUCGUGGACAGCCUCGACCCGUUCAGCGAGGGCAUCCUGUUCAGCGUCAUGCCGCCCAAGAAGAGCUGGAAGAACAUUGGCAACCUGUCUGGUGGCGAGAAGACGCUGAGCAGUCUGGCGCUCGUCUUUGCCCUGCACCACUACAAGCCGACGCCGCUGUACGUCAUGGACGAGAUUGACGCCGCCCUCGAUUUCCGAAACGUCUCGAUUGUCGCCAACUACAUCAAGGAGCGGACAAAGAACGCCCAGUUCAUCGUCAUCUCGCUCCGAAACAACAUGUUUGAGCUCGCGGCGCGCCUCGUCGGCGUGUACAAGGUCAACCACAUGACCAAGAGCGUGACGAUUGAGAACAGGGAUUUCAUCGAGCGCCCCCAGCCGCCGCCGCGGCAACUGGGCCCGGGACAUACGACGACGCUCGGUCCUCAAGUCCACUCGGUCCCUCCAUACACUCUUUCAACCAGCCUCCUGGCGCGCGUCACGAUGCGCGCCCUUUUCUUCCUGCUCAUCGCUCGUUAUAGCGCGCGCGCCCUGCCCGCAACCCAAGCCAGCUCACUGCUCGCAUGCACGCGCGAUGCGCUCUUUACCUCCCUCUUCAGGGACGGCCGGCACUUUUGCGCCAGCGUCGUCAGCGACCGCUGCGGCAAGGGGAGCACGCCGACGCAGUUUGCGACGUACGACCCCGACGUGCUGUCCUCGCAUCUGCGUGCUGAGAGAGACUUGCAGGCCGAGGACGACGACGGUUUCGCUUGUGUCUUCGUCGGCGACGUUUACAAACACCGGGACGGGAGCUUCAAGAACGUCAUCAACAUGGCUGACGACGUCUUCGCAUUCGCGCCGUACGGAAACAGCACAAGUGCCACCUUUAUCGGCACAGGGCCAGGAAGCAGCUCUGUAGAGUUGAAGCCAACUACCGUCCGUGACAACGCCACGAGGAGCUCCCGGGAAACGUCUGGCGUGCCCUCUGUCAGCUCUUCAGCAACGUUCACCAUCUCGUCGGUGUGGUUUCCUAGCCGGAGCGGACUGCUGUCUAUCGGAACCGGCUCGAUCUGGACCAGCCACACCACUGGGCGAUGGAACACGACGUCUGCAGGUGAUGGCCGCGGGAGCAGCAUCUCUACGGUUUCCGGAUCCAUGACGGGCUCUGGUACUCAAACUUGGACUUCUGCAGCGAAUGUGACGCAAAUAUUGUCGACGUCACCGACAAUGUCCAGCGUGCGGCUCUCCACCACGGCUGUAAGCGUACCUGGGAACCUGUCCAUGUCGACCGUCCUUGCGACGAGGAUCCCUGCCAACAGAAGCACUGAGCUUCCCGGGACGCCUCUCCCAGCGUCUAGCGAGCUCAUACCCAGUUCCUUCUCCUUCACCAGUACCUCGAGCAACACGUCCACCACACCAACGACGCCGGCCUUCAUCACUCCGACGGGCAGCGCAGUCCCUACGUCCAGCUUCAACCCCAACGCCACGUUGACCUCUGUCCCGACGCUGCCCGCCGCCAACUUCACCCAAGUCACCCGCACCGGCGAUCUGGUCAAGGAAACAUGCUACCACCUGCCGCAAGACCCUCUGCACGGCCAAAGCCGCCGCGCAAUGCUGCACAACGCGGACCUGAGGGAACACAACAAGACGAUUCCGUUUCCGUACGUGGAGUCGGUCGACUUUGCGGUCGAUGGCGUCGAUCCGCUGUUUGUGACGCUGCGCGAUGCCGCCCAGGGGACGCACUACUUGGAUGUCUCCAACAGGAGCUACGUCUCUCUCGUGGACUCCCUCGGCAACGCGGUUCUCCUGAACGGACAGGGAAUUCACUUUUCGACAAACAGCUGUCGCUACGAUGUGUCCCUAAAAGUGGACAGCCUGUACAAGCAGCUUGCCGCCCUGUCGGGGGAGGCGUGCUCCAAGGGCGGCCUGGUCGAGCGCAUGCACGACUUGAAGUUUAACCAGACGCUGUAUCUUCACGACCAGUGCGGCCACGCAGUCAAGCAAUCCAUCCGCAAGUACCCGCUGCUCAAAGUCGGCGGCACAGAGUGCAACGACAUUGCCGUCGACGAGUCUCUCGGGAAAUGGGUCUUUGACUGCACGUUUCCCGGCUCAGACUCGGGCACGCUCCGCUGCCAGCGCGCCGUCCGCAGCGACAUCUUCAAGUUUCUCUUCGUCGACCCCUUUGGCGGCGCGUGCCCGGACCUCUCCACCGUCAUCACCACGCUCGAGGCCACGAGCCAGGACUUUCUCAACGCCGAGUCGCUGCGGGCGGAGCUGUACAACCAGGGCCUUACCGACGCGCAGCGGCGCGAGGUCGACCUGACGGUCAUGUACUACGAGCAGCUGUGGGAGAUUCUCAAGCAGGCGCUGUCGAAGAGCAGGGCGCGGCCGCCGGCGACGCUGAGCGCCGUGGAGCAGUACAUUGCGACGUACGACGAGCUGCGCAACUUUGAGGAGGACGUCUGCGAGGACCUGCACGCGGCGGACCUGCCGCUCAAGAUGAGCCUGCGCGCGGGCGUGUCGCUCGUCGACGCCGUGGCGAGGCUCAACUGGGCGCCCACGGAGCCCAAGGCGUACAACGUCACGGUCCAGGACCCGGACAGCGUGGCGUGCUGCGCCGGCGGGAGCAGGUCCAGCUACGAUGGGCACAAUGGCACGUGUGCGUAUCCGGAUACUGCGUUGAUUGCGGGCACGGGGUGCGUGUGCGGCGUGACGGCUUCAGGGGCGGCGCUGGCGUUUGAGUAUACAGAGUGCGACAACUUUGUGAGCCGGUGCGAGACGGACGCCGAUUGUGACGAGAAUGGACACGGUGGAUUUGCCUGCUUGGUGGGCUGCUGCUGCGGCGGAGGGGUGUGCGUUGAUCCGUAUGCGUGUGCGCAGGAUGGCAUCAUGUUGGUGAAGCCGGGGCCGUGA